AUGACGUCCAGGUGGACUAUAUCGUUGCGCAUAGCAGCUUUGAUCUUCUCUCUUGAUGCCGCCUUUACAUUUGCCCAGGGCAUAGACGACGCGCCUGAGACCAACAUAACCUCCCCACCAGCGGUGUCCAACUCCACGCCACUUGGUGUUAGGCAAACUAUCCUCUGCAUCGUUCCUACUGGAGACCAAUGGGUCGCAAGCUUUGCAGAUAUAUGCACAUUGGGUCUGGAGGGGCUCGGCAUCUCUUAUGAAGUUCUCACGUUCCCUCAAGCUGGAACGCCUCUACCGACGCUUGAACAAGACGGGUAUGGCAACUAUGGCGGUAUCGUCACACUCAAGGAGCUUUCCUACGAGUACAACGAGCCCGGGAGGGCAGGCUGGCUCAGUGCCCUGACGGACGCUCAGUGGACUGCGCUUUAUGACUACCAGGUGAAGUAUGGCGUGCGAAUGGCCCGGCUGGAUGUGUUUCCCACGACGCAGUUCGGUGCCAACAUCAGGGCCCCAGGAGGCUCUUCGGCUGCCGGCCAGCUCUGGUCUUUCACCAACCUGACAGGCUUUGAGAGCUCUGGGAUCAAGGAAGGGGGCACGGUCGCCAUGGACGGUCUCUACUACUACGGUGCUGAUGUGACCGAUGCCGCAACGACCUACCCUAUUGCCAAGCUGCACUCUGGACCAACAUUCACGAGCGAUGCCACGGCUGCUGUCAUCAACGCCUUUCCACAUGCCAACGGCACGCGGGAGCAGAUGGUCUUCUUCACCAGCUUUGCGGCGGGCUGGAGCCAAGCAUCCAACUUUAUUCAACAUUCGUGGAUCAGCUGGAUGACGCGCGGGCUGUAUCUUGGCCAGCGACGAGCGUACCUAGGCACACAUAUUGAUGACGUCCUCCUGACUACCACAAUCUACGGCACCGAGAGAAACUUCCGCCUGCGCGUGGAUGAUGUCGAGGCACAUGCCGCAUGGACAAGGGAUAUCAAUUCUCGCAUGCCCCCUGGGUCUGACUAUUUGAUUGAGAUGGCCUACAAUGGAAACGGAAAUAUCGAGGAGGCUGUGCAGGGCUCCUACGGGUCCGACAUAUGUGUCCCAGAAACCAACGUCAUCACGGCGGCGAAGCCCGUCCUCGUUGACCAGGAAUUCAAAAAGCCUCUCGGUACUGGCGAGGACGCCUGGCCCCCCGAGCAGACGAGCUAUACCUGGUCUGAGCAGUGCGAGGAUCUCGACCCGCUUGCGACUUACUUCACGACCCACCUUGAUGAGUUCUACCAUGUGAGCCACACGUUCACGCAUCUGGCUCUGUCCAACGCCACCUUCUCCGAUGUGGACAAGGAGAUCCGCUUCAACCAGAUCUGGUUCAACAACACAGGCUUCUCAGGCCACCCCAAGUUCUCCCCCCACUCCCUCGUCCCGCCGCAGAUCACAGGCCUGCACAACGGCGACGCCAUCCGCGCCUUCACAGGCAACGGCAUCACCUACGUGGUGGGCGACAACACCCGCCCGCGCCUCCUGAACACGGAGCGGCCCUUCUGGACGCUGACGACGACCGAGGAGCGCAACGGCGCCGCCGGGCUGGAGAUCAUCCCGCGCUUCGCCACAAACAUCUACUUCAACUGCGACGACGCCGCGUCCAACACGGCGCUGUGGCAGAACGCGCUGGGGCAGACUACGGGCUUCGACGGGAUCAUGCAGGUCGAGCGCAUGGCGGCCGCGCGGAACCUGCUCGCGCUGCGGCACGACCCGUACAUGUUCCACCAGGCCAACAUGCACGCCGUCGACACGGGCGUCGUGCGGACCGCCGCCCGCGAGUACGCCAACCUGUCGCUGCUGCAGAUCUGGGUCGAGGAGCUGGUGGACGAGAUGACGAGGCUGGUGAGCUGGCCCAUCCGCACGCUCAAGCACGACGACCUCGGCAUCGCGUUCGUCGAGAGGCGGCAGAGAGACGAGUGCCGGCCCGCGCUGAGGAUGGACUAUUCGGCGGACGGGAACAGCCUUGUCGGGGCGACGGUGUCGGCCGCCGAUGGGAACUGCCAGGUUGAGAUCCCGGUGACUUUCCCCGGCCCGGUGAGGGAUACAAAGGGCGCCAGAUCUGAGCAGCUUGGGAGUGAUCCGCUGACACUCUGGGUGAGGCCUGGCGGUGCGAGCGUAUCGUUUGAGUUGACUACACCUGUGCCUGUGAGAACCGCCAUCGUCACCAUGUUGCAUUCGGUCGAUUCAUAUCCCAAGUACAUUACCGGAUCCGAAAUCUACGAACUCAGCGAUGCCCUCAGAAAGCAGGCCAUGUCUUUUGCCAACACUGUGAACCUAGAAGACUCACCCAGAGCCAAGGAGUAUCGUGCUCGUUUCGCCGAAUCUCCUCGCGGCAUCCAUCAUGCUGCCACCCUUGAUCCAGCAGUCGUGGAAGGAGGUGUUCUCUCUUCCAACAUCUUCUGGCACGGUAGACGAUUGGCCGAUGCAAUGGGACAUGUGGCAAAGUUGUACACGAAUGGCAAAGCGGAGUACGUCAUGACAGCUCAAGAGGAUACAGCUAUCCUCGCCGCUCUUUUGCGGGCUGCAAUCCAAGGAAAGGUCGAUUUCUACCGCAUUUUGAUCACGCGCGCCGGCUCGGACUUCGACCGGCAACCGUCGGAUGCAAUUCCAAAGCUCCCAUUUAACAUGGACAGGUCUGGAGGUGACAAGUUCAAGAAAGGGCUCAAGGAUGAGAACUACGUUGGGGACUUUUUUGCAUCGCUUGGUGGUGAACCGGACUUCAUGACCCAGGGUCUCACAUCCGUCACUGGCUGA